CUAUGCUCGCAUUUCCCUUCAGGCACGCAUGAACAUUAGAACCCCAAACCAUAAGUCAUUCAGUGUUCGAAAUAUAAAGUGAGUGGAUUGAAAAACGGAAGAGCAUUCGGGAAUUUACAAAUUAAAAUUGUAAUUUAAAAAAGACACAAAGAUGGUCGUAUCGGUGAAAGUUUUCAAGAAGGCCACACCCAAUGGCAAAGUGACCUUCUAUCUUGGUCGACGUGAUUUCAUCGAUCACUUGGACUAUUGUGAUCCUGUAGAUGGUGUAGUGGUGGUCGAUCCGGAUUACUUGAAAAACCGUCGUGUUUUUGGACAGCUUGUCACCACCUACCGUUAUGGCCGCGAAGAGGACGAGGUCAUGGGUGUCAAGUUCUCAAAGGAACUGAUUCUGUGCCGCGAACAAGUCGUUCCCAUGACCAACAGCAACAUGGAAAUGACACCAAUGCAGGAAAAACUUGUACGCAAGUUGGGCAGCAAUGCGCAUCCUUUCACCUUCCACUUCCCACCCAACUCACCGAGCUCAGUGACACUGCAACAGGAGGGCGACGAUAUGGGAAAACCGCUUGGCAUUGAAUACACCAUUCGGGCCUACGUGGCCGACUCGGAAGAUGACCGUCAACACAAGCGUAGCAUGGUCAGUUUGGUGAUCAAGAAGCUACAGUACGCACCCCCAACCCGUGGCCAACGCUUGCCCAGCUCGUUAGUUAGCAAAGGCUUCACUUUCUCCAAUGGCAAAAUCAGUUUGGAAGUAACGCUCGAUCGCGAAAUUUACUAUCAUGGAGAGAAAGUAGCUGCCACUGUGCAGAUCAGCAACAACUCCAAGAAGUCAGUGAAGAGCAUUAAAUGCUUCAUUGUGCAGCACACCGAGAUCACUAUGGUGAAUGCACAGUUCAGUAAGCAUGUGGCACAGCUUGAAACGAAGGAGGGCUGCCCCAUAACGCCGGGCGCGAAUCUCUCCAAAACCUUCUAUCUGAUCCCGUUGGCAGCAAACAACAAAGACCGUCAUGGUAUUGCACUCGAUGGUCACUUAAAGGAUGAAGACGUAAAUUUGGCCUCCUCGACAUUGGUGCAAGAUGGUAAAUCCACUGGUGAUGCAUGUGGUAUUGUAAUCUCCUAUUCGGUGCGAAUCAAGCUGAAUUGCGGAACUCUGGGUGGCGAAAUGCAGACCGAUGUGCCAUUCAAACUGCUGCAACCGGCACCCGGCUCCGUCGAAAAGAAGCGCUCCAAUGCCAUGAAGAAGAUGAAGUCGAUUGAGCAGCACCGCAAUGUAAAGGGCUAUUAUCAGGAUGACGAUGACAAUAUAGUUUUCGAAGAUUUCGCCAAGAUGCGUAUGAACAACGUUAAUAUGGAUGAUUAGGCGUGGCAGGCAAUGGGGUGCACCUAUGGGUGGCGUAAGCUGGCCAGGAAUCGGGUACACUUGAACGAAUUUGCCAACAGGGAGUAUGUGAUAUUUUUAAUGGAAACUGACAGAAGAAACUGUGGAAGUAAUUUGUUGCAACAGUCAUUUCGGCAUCGCGUCUCAUCAGCAGUGGCACUAAACUUAAUCCUUAAUAAAUUAUUCUUGUCUACUUUUGUAUUUGUGUAUGUAAGCGAAGCAAUACUCCAAAUCAAUUACAUUCACAAAUACCUGUAUGGUGCGGGUACUUGCGCCAUUCUUAAUCAAUAAAAUUGUUGAUCUGUGAACGAAAAAA